AUGUCUGACCUUUUGGCUUUAACGAUGGCCCGUCAUCUUGGAGUGAGGGAGGAUCGCGUGGAGAUUCAUUCCAUGGACGAGUCUCGGCCGAUCGGCAGGUUGAACUCGUGGUCGAGUUUGGAGAACUUGCUGGCAGGGCGCGAUUUGGAUGUUCUGGUGCUGCUGCGACCCUUUCGAGUCGGCGGUGGUCAGGAGCUCACCUUCGCCAUAGAGUGCAGCGAGGCGUACAGCGUGGAUGAGCUGCUUGCGAGCUGGGUGGAUCCGAACGUCGAGGUGCCGCGCCGUCGCACGGACCCGGUGCACUGGACACCUCUUUGUCUUGCUGCACAAAUUCCUGGCGAUGGCUGCUGGAUCGUGGAGAGCCUUCUCGAGGCACGUGCUGCGUUGGAGACGGAAGGAACCACCGCUCUUUGCUGCGCUUGCAGAGCGGCAAACGUGACAGUGGCGGCCCUUUUGAUCUCUGUUCGAGCCGAUGUCCAUCGCCGAAACUGGCGGAGGGAUUCGCCUUUGCUCAUUGCCGCGUCGAUAGGCUCGAGGCCCUUGGUGCGGCUUCUGUUGCGAAAUGCGGCGGACGUCUCCCAGGAGGAUAACAGAGGUCGCGGUCCCAUCGAAAGGAGCUUCGAGGAGUCUUGGAUCGAUCCGGCCGUCUCUCUUGUGCUAGCCGGAGCAACGGUGCGACCUUACACGGACAACUGUCAUCUGCUUCAUGCAGCCGCUGAAAAAAGGGGCAGCCACAGGUUCGUGACGAACUCGGGCGUCUUCCGCUGGAUGUGGCAUUGCGCCGGUCUGGCUUCCUGCGCCGUGUCCAAUUCAGACGAUGUCUUC